CAAUCAUUGCCAAAUAAUCUAAAAAAAGCAUUACCCUUUUUGAAUGGAAUAAAGAAUCAAGAUUCAAGUUCAUGCUAGAUGCUAUCAAUGCUAUAUUUAGACUUAUUUAAUCCCAAGUCCAUGUGGGUUUCUUGAAUUGUAGUAAAUGAACUAAUGAUAAGGUCCAUUUGUUAGCAUAUUCUUUUGAGUUGUAAGCACAAAAAGUUGGAUAUUCCAAGAGGGAUUCAGCCAUGGGAUAUGCCAUUUGCAACAUGAAUGUCUUUCAACUUGUCCAAGUAGGAAUCCAUCAUGGUCCCCUUUACCCUCUGUCGCUCACCUCAUUCAUGAGAAAAAAGCCAUAAUCAUUGAUGAAUGGAAGGUUCAAGCUUGAUAACAUCAAGAAAAUUCAGGGCUAAUCCAGGCAUUCUAGCCCUUAAUUUGGAGAAACCUAAAAAUUAUUUUACCCUUUAAGGCAUCAAAAUCAUCACUUGCUGCAGUCAAAAACAUCUCGUGACGAUAGAGUUCACACAAUCUCCACAUAACACCGUCUAAAACUGCCACAAACACGACCCUAGCAGCCUUAAAUCAUAAGCAACACAUGGCACCAUCAAACAACAAGUUUGACAAAAGCUCUAUUCCGCAUGAGUGACCAGAUCAAAAAAUCCUUCCUGCCUUAACUUUCCCGGUAUACAGAGCCUUAAAAAACAGGUACCCCUAAAACACAUAUAAAAACCAAGAAAACAACAUCCCUCUCCUUUAAACAAUUCAUGUUCUUUUACAUUAACACAAACAACAAAAACCCUUCUCUCGCUAUAUUUGUCUUUCCGUAAUAAUUUGAGGGUGACUGGAAAAGUAAGGAAGCGGAGGGUCCUGGGGUGAGAAGAAGAACAGGGGAGGGAUGCCAACAACAACAGCAGAGCCACUGUUAGCUGCUGGAACUAUGCAUUCUGAUAAUGUCCUUGCAAAUUUGCAUCCAUCUUAUUCAUUCAGGCAAUUCCCUGAACCAGGUUGGAUUUUUGAUGAAUUGCCAAAAGCAACCAUUGUUUCUGUCUCAAGACCUGAUACUGCUGGAGAUUUUAGCCCCAUGCUUCUGUCUUACACCAUUGAAUUACAAUACAAACAGUUCAAGUGGCAGUUACUGAAGAAAGCAUCACAAGUUCUCUACUUACAUUUUGCUUUGAAGAAGCGUGCACUUAUCGAGGAACUUCAUGAGAAACAAGAGCAGGUUAAAGAAUGGCUCCACAGUUUAGGAAUAGUAGAUCACGUAGCAGUCAUGCAAGAUGCUGAUGAACCGGAUGACGGUGCUGUUCCAGUUCAUCAUCAAGAAGAAAGUGUUAGAAACAGAGAUGUCCCAUCCAUUGCUGCUUUGUCAUUUCUUCGUCCGGCACUAGGAGGGCAGCAGGGUAUUUCAGACAGAGCAAAGGUGGCAAUGCAGAAUUAUUUGAAUCAUUUCCUAGGAAACUUGGAUAUAGUAAAUUCUCGAGUGGUCUGCAAAUUUUUGGAGGUCUCUAAGUUGUCCUUCUCGAGGGAGUAUGGUCCAAAGCUGAAAGAAGGUUACAUUAUGGCAAAGAAUCUUUCAAAAAUCUCCAAGGAUGAUAGUGAUAUAACAUGUUUGCCCUGCCAAUGGUUCGGUUUCUGUGACAACAACUGGCAGAAGGUGUGGGCUGUUUUGAAACCUGGGUUUUUGGCCUUUUUGGAAGAUCCUUUCAACGCAAAAAUCAUAGAUAUUCUUGUUUUUGAUGUUCUGCCAAACUCAAAUGACAAAGGAGGAAACCAAGUAUAUUUAGCAAGCCAGAUAAAGGAACGCAAUCCUUUGUAUUAUGCAUUUAAGGUUUCUGCCGGAAAUCGGAGCAUAAACCUGAGAAGCAAAAGUGGUAGUAAAGUUAAAGAAUGGAUUUCUGCAAUUGAAGAUGCUGGUUUAAGGACAAGUGAGGGGUGGUGUCAUUCUCACCGCUAUGGUUCCUAUGCUCCUCCAAGGGGUUUAGCUGAAGAUGGGAGUCAAGCUCAGUGGUUUGUGGAUGGGCAUGCAGCUUUUGAAGCAAUUGCUUCCGCAAUAGAGAAUGCAAGAUCAGAGAUAUUUAUCACAGGCUGGUGGCUUUGCCCUGAGCUGUAUCUAAGAAGGCCUUUCCAAGAUCAUGCUAGCUCCCGGCUUGAUUCCUUGCUAGAAGCUAAAGCUAAGGAAGGGGUUCAGAUUUAUAUCCUUCUCUACAAGGAGGUUUCUAUUGCUUUGAAAAUCAACAGUAUGUACAGCAAGAAAAGGCUUCUUAACAUUCAUGAGAAUUUGAGGGUUCUGCGCCAUCCUGAUCAUUUCUCAACUGGUGUCUACUCAUGGUCACACCAUGAAAAACUGGUGAUCAUCGACUACCAGAUUUGCUUUAUUGGAGGAUUAGAUUUAUGCUUUGGCCGUUAUGACACUAUUGAACAUAGAGUAGGUGAUUGUCCUCCCAACAUAUGGCCUGGAAAGGACUACUAUAAUCCAAGAGAAUCAGAACCAAAUUCUUGGGAAGACGUAAUGAAGGAUGAACUGGACCGUAGAAAAUAUCCUCGAAUGCCAUGGCAUGAUGUCCAUUGUUCUCUCUGGGGACCGCCUUGCCGUGACAUUGCUAGGCACUUUGUUCAACGCUGGAACCAUGCUAAGAGAAGCAAAGCACCAAAUGAGCAAACAAUUCCACUACUGAUGCCUCGCCACCACAUGGUCCUUCCUCAUUACAUGGGAAGAAGUAUAGAUAUUGAAAGCAAGAAUAGAAAAGGAAACCAGAAAGACAUCAGCAGAACAGAUCACUUUGCCUCAGUAUCUCCAAUCCAAGAUAUCCCUUUGCUUUUACCUCAGGAAGCUGAUGCAACAGUUGUUAAUGGUGUUGAUCACGAGUUAACUGCCAAAAACAUGAAUAACGAUCGUCUUGAUCAAUCAUCUUGGCACUGCGAUAGUUUUUCAUUCACUUUGCAGAAAUCCAAGGAUGGAAAUUUGGCUCAAGACACACCAGUGAAAAAUCCUGUUGAUGAACAUGAUCUUGUGGAUCUUGAAAGCAUAAUGCAGAUUUCAGAUCGGUCAUCAGAAACAUCUGAAAAGGAUGUUCCUGAUGUUUCUGCCAGCGAAUGUGGACAAGUUGGACCACGUGUCUCAUGUCGUUGUCAGGUUAUCAGAAGUGUCAGUCAGUGGUCAACAGGAGCCAGUCAGCAUGAAGAAAGCAUCCAUAACGCUUACUGUUCCCUCAUUGAAAAAGCCGAACAUUUUAUCUACAUAGAGAAUCAAUUUUUCAUAUCAGGACUUUGUGGAGAUGAGAUUAUCCAGAAUCGUGUUUUGGAUGCAAUAUACAAACGUGUUAUUCAAGCUUACAAAGAAAAUAAGUGCUUUCGAGUCAUCAUUGUCAUACCACUCUCACCAGGUUUCCAGGGAGGUGUGGAUGAUGGUGGUGCAGCAACUGUUAGAGCCAUCAUGCAUUGGCAGUAUCGGACCAUCUCCUGGAAGAACACUUCAAUUCUGUACAAUCUUAACGCAUUGCUUGGUCCUAAAACACAUGAUUACAUUUCUUUUUGUGGUCUGAGGACGUAUGGUAGACUUUUUGUGGGAGGUCCGUUGGUCACAAGUCAGGUUUACGUGCAUAGCAAAGUUAUGAUAGUAGAUGACAGGAUUGCGUAUAUCGGAUCAUCUAACAUCAAUGAUAGGAGUUUGCUUGGAUCGAGAGACUCUGAGAUUGGGGUAGUUACUGAAGACAAGGAGUUUGUUGAAUCAUCAAUGAACGGGGAAACUUGGAAAGCUGGAAAAUUUGCUUAUAGCCUGCGGCGCUCGCUGUGGUCUGAGCAUCUUGGUCUUUCUUCAGGAGAGAUAGAUAAAAUCAGUGAUCCUGUAGCAGAGACAACAUAUAGAGAUUUAUGGUUGGCAACGGCAAAGGAAAAUUCAAAGAUUUACCAGGAUGUCUUUGCUUGUCUUCCUAAUGAUCGUAUCCACUCGAGAGCUGCUCUCAGACAAAGCAUGAACCAUUGGAAGGAAAAACUUGGUCACACAACCAUUGACUUAGGAAUAGCUCCUGAGAAGAUAGAACGCAAUGAAAAUGGAGAGAUUAAGAUGAUGGACCCGCUUGAAAGACUGAAAUUAGUAAAGGGCCAUCUUGUUUCCUUUCCAUUGGACUUCAUGAUGUGUCAAGAAGAUUUAAGACCAGUAUUCAAUGAGGGAGAAUUUUAUGCAUCCCCACAAGUAUUUCAUUAAUUAUCAAGUAGGAAAGUAGAAGAUGAGAAGAUAGGAUUAACAGCAAAAUAAAGCAUUAACAAAAAAAACUGAUUAAACUAACAAGAUGUAAAGAUUAAAACAUUUGUUGUGAGGGAUUUGUCUAAUAAGCAUAUUUGGCUUUGAUUUAUAUGAUUUUCCAUAUUAUUACAUGACAAUAAUGAUAUGAACAGGAACACGAAAACAAAACAUAUGGAGUCCAGUAGUGUUAACCGUUAAGUAUGAUUCAUUCUCAAAAGAAUUAUAUGGGAGGUCCGAUCAACCUCGGCCUGUUCAAAGGAUUAGCUCUCGAUCUCCGGUCUCCUCAAAUCGCAUCCCACCAUUUCUAUAAUUUGAACCUGACGAGAACUCCUAAUGAAAAACCCAGAUUUUAACACAUAGAAGGUUCCCUUCGAGUCAUGUUUUAACCGGUAGUCACGUUGAGCUUGUAACGCGCAUGUCUGAGGUUUAUCUAACCUUUAUCCAAAGGGUUUGGGCCAAGGAUCUUCCCAUCAUCAAAAUCUGUGAAAUUUGCAGAGGUUUGCAUGAGAUGAUCGGAGAACUGUAGGGGAGCCUGGAACAAGUGGAGAAGAGGGAGCUAGCAGCGCUAACUACUUAGAGUGCACCAGAUAUGAUUGAUGAAGCGUUGGAUUUUCCUGCAAUUCCCACAAUCAUAUUCCGGUCUUUUUUGUAGUUCUCCAAUUGCUUACACAAUGGGAUUGGCAUGCAUGCUACAAUAUUAAUUCCACGCUAAACACAAAUCAUGCACAUAAGGUUUAGUACUAAGAUGAUCAUAUUCAGGACACAGAUAACUAGACGAAAGAGAAAUUCCUUUG